AUGGUGGACCUCAAGAAUCCGAAAAGAAAGCUUUUGAUUGUGCUGUUCUGCAUCUGUGCCAUUACCAUCAUUAUAUUCAGCUACAGCAGCACCUCAUCGUUACAACUUGCCAUCCGGCAGUCCAACAAACCCGUUUCCAAGGCACUGUGUGCCUGCCGCCAGUGCAUCUCUGUUGAGGAUGAAGACCCCUGGUUCAGGAAGCACUUUAACGCGUCGAUAUCGCCACUCUUGUCACAGAAGAAUGCCAUGCUGUCUAACGACACCUUUAAAUGGUGGCAGAAGCUAGGCACCAAGGGAAACAAAGCCAACUACAGAAAUGUGGUGAAGAAAUUAUUCCAGGUCUUCCCAAGCAAGGAACACUACAAAGACUCAGCCCCCAAUCGUUGUAGGACUUGCGCUGUUGUCGGGAAUUCUGGGAACCUCAACGGAUCCGAUUACGGAGCCCUCAUUGACUCCAAUGACUUCAUCAUAAGAAUGAACAGAGCUCCCAUUUUGGGCUAUGAAAAGGACGUAGGGAACAGAACCACCCAUCGCAUCUCGUACCCAGGAUCUAUCAGGCACCUGCAAAACGACACACACCUGAUUCUGUUACCAUUCAAGACUGAAACUCUACAGUGGAUCACCAAGGCUUUGACCACAGGCUCUAUGAAAAGCGCCCCUUUACCUGAGAUGGCCCAGAUUAAUGCAGACAAGGUGUUAAUAUACAACCCCACGUUCUUAAAGUAUGUCUAUGAUGUCUGGCUUGAAUGCCAUGGGAAAUAUCCCUCCACCGGCUUCUUAACCUUGAUGUUCGCCAUCCACAUAUGUGAUGAGGUGAAUGUUUUUGGAUUUGGGGCAGCCAAGGACGGAACCUGGCAGCAUUACUGGGAGAAAAACAAAUUUACACGUACAAAGCCAACCGGAGUGCAUGCUGGAGACUAUGAGUCCAUUGUCAUGAAGCUGCUGGCCUGUAAAAGAAAAAUCAAGUUGUUCGAAGGGAGAUGAGGGUAACCAUUGGCCUGUAUAACAGUGUAACCAUGGUGAUUAACUGAGGCCUAUGUCUCUGUGUAUGAAGUGCCUUCCUAAUUCCUAAUGUGUAAUGUUUGGGAUUUGGGGAUGGGGGUUAUGUGCAUUUUAAACUUCAUCUCACAUUUAUAAAUUGAAUGAUUGUUUUUUUAUUUCAUGCAUAAAAAUGUAUUUUAUUUUUUUGAAUACGAAGAACCGCUCAUUAAAUCUUUAUGUAGAGCAGA